CUGCUGUUGCUGUUUCAGACGUCCACUCCUCUCCGCCAGCUGCCAAAGGCGUUGUUUCCAAUGUUUCUUCCACUGAUACCUCUUCCUCCAUGACUGAGAAGGACCUCGAGGAUGCUGUUUUCAGGCUUGUUGGUGGCACUUUGGACACUAGCUCCAACAACCCCAUUGCCAGUUCCAACCACUCCAAAAUCGACUUGGAGAGCCCAAUAAAGAUCAAGCUUCAGGAUUCCGAAAAGCACAACCUCAGCUUAAGCGCCCAGCUUGGGUCAAAGUCUACUGACGGCUCCAAAGUUAUCGACCAUUUCAAUUCACUAAAUGACAGCUGUAAUCUCAACAACAAUAAAGUUAUCAAUGGUAGUAAUCUCGAUUCUAACCACAACCCCGAUGUUGAUCUUGAUGGCGAAACGAAUGUUGGGGCUGACAACUUGAAUGUAAAUUUUUCUCACUCAACCACCGUCAAUGAAAGUAUUAAUAACAACAUCAAUGACAAUAUCAAUUUCCAACAAACAUAUCAAAACGAAUCCAUUGAUCCAAAUCAUCAAUUGAAUAAUACUGCAACAAGUAAUAACCAAUACAAUGACAAAAGAAAACUCGAAGAGUUCAAUGAUUGGGCUUCCUCUUUAAUAAACUUGAAUAAUCCAUCAAAGAGAGUCAGGUUAAACAAUAAAAACAUCCAGAAUAAUCCUACGAUUAAUAAAAGCAACAACAACAUCAAUAAUAAUAAUAAUAAUAAUGAUAAUAAUAAUAGUAAUACUAAUAAUAAUAGUAAUACUAAUAAUACUGAUAAUCUUAAUAAUGAUAAUACUGACAAUAACAACAAUAACUCCAAUGAUACCAUUAAUAACUCUAACAACGUUGACAUUAACAUUAAUAAUGAUAAUAAUAAUGAUAAUAAUAAUGACAAUAAUAAUGACAAUAAUAAUGACAAUAAUAAUGACAAUAAUAUUGACAAUAAUAUUGACUCUAAAAUAUUAUCUCAUAAUGAUCCAAAUCAAAAUUUCGACCCAGAACUAGCAAAUUUAACUAGUUUGGCCACCGUUACAAAACCAGCAAACAAUGAAAAUAAAAAUAUUAAUAGUAACAACGGUAAUGAACUUAAUAAUAACAAUAAUACCAACACUACUAACAAUAAUCAACUGGAUAAUACUAACCCCCAACUGGAUAAUGCCAACACACAACUGGAUACCAAUCUCAUAGAUUCAAAAUCACUCGUUCAUACUUCAAACAACCAAACAGUUCUUAACCAAACCGAAUUAGUUCAAGCAAUUAACGAUGCAAGAGAACUAGCCUCUCAAUUAAACCAUCAAUUCAAUGAUCACGACAAUAAUUAUAAUAACAACGAUAAUAACAAUAACUUCAAUCCCAAUGAUAAUAACUACAAUAAUCAUCAAUCAGUCGAUAAGUCAAACAUCCAAAAUCAAAUCCAAUCCCAAAUCCAAAACCAAAUUCAAAACUCAAAUGACCACACUCUUGAUCCAGAAAUCACUGAUCAGCUUCUAUUAUCUGCUGCCGCUGCCGCUGCCGAAUCCUCAGUUACUUCACACGAACAAGAAACUUUUUUUGCUCAAGCUGUUUUAAAUAACUCUUCAACAAGACAUUCAAGAAUGUUCACACCAGAAGAAUGUUUCGCCAUUGAUAGAUUUAUCUUUGCCUACUGCUCUUAUAACAACAUAACUAAAGAGGAUAUUUGCCAAAGAAUCUGGUCAAAUGAUAGGAAAAAGGAUAAAUUCUGGGACUCCCUACAUAAAGUUUUGCCUCAAAGAACUAGAGCUUCUAUCUAUAAACAUGUUAGAAGACAAUACCACAUUUUCGAAGCAAGAGGUAAAUGGACUCCAGAACAAGAUAAACAGCUAGCCACAUUAGCUGCUGAAAAAGAUGGUCAAUGGAAAGUUAUCGGUCAAAUCAUGAAAAGAAUGCCCGAAGAUUGCAGAGAUCGUUGGAGAAAUUAUGUUAAAUGUGGAGCAAAUAGAGCUCAAAAUAAAUGGUCAAAGGAAGAAGAAGAUCAACUAAAACAAAUCAUCGAUGACAUCUUUAACGCUGAUGAAGUAAAUUCUGGUAUAAAUUGGACUGUCAUAUCUGAAAGAAUGGGUGGUAGAAGGUCGAGAAUUCAAUGCCGUUAUAAAUAUAAUAAAUUGUUGAAAAGAGAAAGCGUUGAAAGAUCAAAACUUAUUGGAGAUAAUGAUAAAGUUUGGUUAUUAACUCGAUUAAAGGAAUUAGGUUUCACAUCUGAUAACCAAAUUGACUGGGAUGCUUUAGCAUCAUUACACCCAAAGAGUUACUGGACUGGAUCUGAUUUCAAAUAUUGCUAUGAAAGAGCAAGAAUGGUGAUUAGAGAUUAUAAGAAAAAACGAGUUGAUGAAAUUUGUAGUAAUAUUUUGGAAGAAAUUUAUCAUAUAAAAUGAACUAAGCUUAAUUUGUUUAAUAGUUUAUUUGGAUAAUUGUUGUUUUUGUUUAAUAUUUUUUUUUAAUUUUUU